AUGGAGUCGAUAUUGGAUUUCUCAACUGAUUUGGAUAUCAACCUCUUUGACCAGACGGUGGAUGCCUUCUUCAAAGGCUCCGGCGAAAACCAAAAGCAAGCGCAACAUGUGCUAAAUACCUUCCAAGAACACCCGGAAUCGUGGAAGUUUGUCGACAAUAUCUUGUCCAACUCGAACAACGGCCAGUCGAAAUAUAUCGCCUUGUCGUGUUUGAACAAAUUGAUCCAGUACAGGUGGAAAACCAUCCCCGAGGAUGAGAGGAUCGGGAUAAGAAACUUUAUUGUCAACAUGAUCAUCUCGUUGUGCAACAACGACAGCGAGUUUGAAACGCAGCGAGCAUUGAUCAACAAGAUCGACUUGACCUUGGUGUCCAUUUUGAAGCAGGAGUGGCCCCACAACUGGUCGGAGUUUAUUCCCGAGAUUGUGGCCAGUUCAAGAUCGUCGUUUAACGUGUGCGAAAACAACAUGAUCAUCUUGAAACUAUUGAGCGAAGAAGUGUUUGACUAUAGUCAGGACCAAUUGACCCAGGCCAAGACCCAGCAAUUGAGGAUAAGCAUGAAGAAUGAGUUUGAAAAAAUUUUCAAGUUGUGCUACGAAGUCUUGGACAAGACGUCGAAAUCGUCCUUGAUCAUUGCUACCUUGAACGCAUUGUUGAAAUACAUCCAAUGGAUCCCGUCAAACUACAUCUAUCAAACCAACUUGUUGGACUUGUUGUCGACCAAGUUUCUUGCGCCCGUCGACACCAGGGCCAUUGCGUUGAAGUGCUUGACCGAGAUCAAUACCUUGCCCGGUGAAAAUGAGAAAACUUUGCUAUAUUUCAAAAAUGCCAUGGACCAAAUCUACUCCAUUGUGCCCGUCUCGACCAACUUGAAAGAAAGUUACAAAGUGGCCUCGUCGGCAGACCAAUCCUUUUUGCAAGAUUUGGCCAUGUUUUUAUGCUCCUAUUUGAACAAUCACUUGAGCAUCUUGGAAAGACAUCCAGAUGCCAAGGACCUUUUGCAAAACUCAUUCUACUACUUGUUGCAACUAUCAAGAAUCGAAGAAAGAGAAUUGUUCAAAACGUGUCUAGACUUGUGGCAAGUGUUUGUUUACCUGUUGUUUCAAGAAACAAGAGAUUUGCCUAGCAAAGAGUUGAGUCCCAUGAUGCAGUUGACCUAUGGAAACAGUUUAAGGCCCGGCUCCUCUGGUGGUGCUCCAGAUCCAGCAAUCCUUGCUAAAUUCACUAAUCUAAGACAACACCAAUACGCGGAGAUAUUAUCGAGAUUGAGAUUGGUGGUGAUUGAAAAUAUGGCAAGACCAGAGGAAGUCUUGAUUGUGGAGAAUGACGAAGGUGAAAUUGUUCGUGAGUUGAUGAAGGAAAGUGACACCAUCCAGCUCUACAAGUCGAUGAGAGAAGUUUUGGUCUACUUGACCCACUUGAAUGUCAUUGACACCGAGCAAAUCAUGAUUGAAAAACUAUCGAGACAGCUCGAUGAAAGCGAAUGGUCGUGGCAAAAUAUCAACACCUUGUGCUGGGCCAUUGGCUCGAUUUCAGGAGCCAUGAACGAGGAUAUGGAAAAGAGGUUUUUGGUCAAUGUCAUCAAGGAUUUGCUCUCCCUCACCGAGAUGAAGAGGGGCAAAGAUAACAAGGCAGUUGUUGCUUCGAAUAUAAUGUACAUUGUUGGCCAGUAUCCCCGAUUUUUAAAAGCACAUUGGAAAUUUUUGAAAACCGUUGUCAAUAAACUUUUUGAGUUUAUGCACGAAACCCAUGAAGGUGUCCAAGAUAUGGCUUGUGACACGUUUAUCAAAAUUACCAUCAAAUGUAAGAAGCAUUUUGUUGUAACCCAGCCAGCUGAACGCGAACCAUUUAUCAAUGAAAUUAUUAGAGAAAUACAAUCCAUCACCGAAGACUUGCAACCGCAGCAAGUGCACACUUUUUACGAAGCUUGCGGCAUAAUCGUGAGCGCUCAAUCCGACAAGGCGGCCCGCGAAAAACUUCUUGGCGAGUUGAUGGCUUUGCCCAAUAUGGCUUGGACGGCAAUCAUCCAAGAGGCAGGCCAAGAUCCGGCCUUGUUAACAAACACAGAGACAGUCAAGAUCAUUGCCAAUAUUAUCAAGACCAACGUUGCCGUUUGCAAGGCCUUGGGCCCUGCUUUCUACUCGCAAUUGGGCGGCUUGUACGUGGACAUGUUGUCGCUAUACAAGGCUGUUUCCUCGAUGAUCUCUACGGCUGUCGAACAAGAAGGAAUCAUUGCUACAAAGACACCAAAAGUGCGUGGAUUGCGUACCAUCAAGAAGGAAAUCUUAAAGAUGAUUGAAACAUAUAUCAAUCAAGCCGAUAAUUUGGAAGAAGUGGUGAGGGAUUUGACCACGCCCUUGUUUGGUGCUGUAUUAGAAGAUUACAGCUCAAACGUUCCCGAUGCCAGAGAUGCCGAAGUCUUGAGAUGCUUAACUGCGUUGACUGCCAAAGUUGGCCGGUUGAUACCCGAUGGCGUUGUACUCAUCUUGCAGAGCGUGUUUGAAUGCACUUUGGACAUGAUUAAGAAUGACUUUGUUGAGUACCCUGAGCAUAGGGUAGAGUUUUACAAACUAUUGAAGGAGAUCAACGCUAGAUCCUUCCAAGGGUUGUUGCAAUUAUCAGGCGAUGCGUUCCAAUCCUUGAUCAGCGCGGCAUUAUGGGCUUUCAAGCAUAAUAACCGAGAAGUUGAAGAUAAUGGCUUAUCGUUGACGUUGGACUUGAUUGAAAACGUGGAGCUGUUGGGAGACACGCCCUUUACAAAGGCAUUUUACGAUAACUUUUACUUCCAAAUCUUGUCCGAUACAUUUUACGUCUUCACCCAGCCCGACCACAAGGCGGGGUUCAGAUACCAGGCGCAGCUAUUGGCGCAAUUGAUCCACUUGGUGCAGGAUAACGUCAUCAAGAGCCCACUUUAUACACCAGACCAAGCGCCCGCUGGAACUUCGAAUGCCGAUUUCCUCAAGCAAUACCUCUCGCAGCUAUUGUCGUCGGCGUUUGAUAACUUACAACCGGAACAAUUGUCCAGUUUUCUUAAAGUGCUAACUUCAAACUACAACGAUUUGAACAAAUUCAAAGCAACCUUGAGGGAUUUCCUUGUUCAGUUGAAACAGUUUGGCGGCGACCCGACCGAUUACAUGUUUGCUGAAGAUAAGGAGAUUGAGAAAUUGGAAGUUGCCAAAAAGCAAAGAGAACAAGACUUACAAGUCGGUGGGUUAAUCAGACCUUCUGAAAUGGAUGACGAUUGA